CCGUCCCCUUCUCUUUAGUACACAAACUGCUCUAUAAAACACCCAGAGAGCAGAAAGAAGAAGCCAAAGUUUGUGAUAUUCUACCAGCUGACAAGACACAAUGAACCUCCUCAAAAAGACAGGCAUCAGAGGCCACGCCAUCCUCUGUGUUUUCAUCGGCUUGUUGGUUUCUGUAGCCUCCUCUCAGGCUGCAGACAAACUAGAGGAAGAGGUGCACUUUCUAAAGCUGAGAAUGGACCUUUGGAAGAAUAACUACAGACAGCUGUGCAAGCAUUUCUCAAACCUUGCACUCAACUGCUCAGCUCCAGUGAUCAACUGCACUGAGUGUCCUGACAAGUGGCUUCAUGUAGGGGACCAAUGCUUCUUCCUCAGCACCGACAGGCAGAACUGGAGUGAUAGUAUAAAUAAGUGUAAAGAGAUAGGCGGCCAUCUUGCCAUCUUGACCACCAUAGAACAGCAUGAAGCUGUGGAAAAAGAAGGCAGAAGGAUCGGAGGGUUAUACACAAACUACUGGAUCGGACUGAGUGACAUUGAGAGUGAAGGAGAAUGGAAAUGGGUGGACAAGUCAGACCUUAAAACUCCAUUCUGGAACGCGCUGAACUCAGAGCCAGACAACAACCUGUCCGGUGGGGCAGAUGGAGAGGACUGCGCUGUGGUAGACAGCUACAAUCAGAACUGGUUUGAUGUUCCCUGUUCCUUCUCCUAUCCCCGGAUCUGUCAGAAGGAUGCCACCGAGCUCUUGUGAACCCCUCCACACCACCGCAGGACCACCACUCAAUUAUGAAAGUUAUUGAUUCUUUAUUGAAAAAUGUUAGUGGUCAAUCUACAAAUAAACAAUUUCUAGACAAAA